AUGGCCCAGUCUUCCGUUCUCGGCUUCCCGCGCGUCGGCCCGAUGCGCGAGGUCAAGAAGGCCCUCGAGGCCUUCUGGUCCGGCAAGAGCUCCGCUGAGGAGCUGCAGAAGGUCGCCACGACCGAGCGCCUGCGCACCUACUCGAUCAUGAAGGAGCAGGGCGUCGAGAUCAUCCCCACCGGCACCUUCUCGCUCUACGACCACGUGCUCGACAUCAGCGCCACCGUCGGCGUUGUGCCGCCGCAGUACGCCAACUCGGGCCUCAACGAGCUCGACCGCUACUUCGCCAUGGCCCGCGGCCACCAGAAGAACGGCGUCGACCUGCCGGCCCAGGAGAUGCAGAAGUGGUUCGACUCGAACUACCACUACAUCGUGCCCGAGUUCACCGAGGACUCGACGUUCAGCCUGCAGAGCACCAAGCCCAUCGACGACUUCGUCGAGGCCAAGAAGGCCGGCUACAACGCGCGCCCCGUCAUCGUCGGCCCCAUCACCCUCAUUGCCAUCGGCAAGGUCGGCGCCGCCGCCAAGAGCGAGUCGUUCGACACGAUGACGCUGCUGCCCAAGCUCGCCGCCGUGUACGGCGAGCUGCUCGCCAAGCUCUCCGAGGCCGGUGCCGAGUGGGUGCAGAUCGACGAGCCCGUGCUCUGCCUUGACCGCGCCGCCUCGCUCUCGUCGGAGUUCAAGCAGACGUACGAGUCGUUCGCCAAGGCCGCGCCCAAGCUCAACAUCCUCCUCGCCACGUACUUCGGCCGCCUCGACAAGAACCUCGACUUCGUCAAGGACCUGCCCAUUGCCGGUCUCCACAUCGACCUCGACCGCGCCCCGGAGCAGCUCGACGCUGUGCUCGCCGCCGUCAAGGACAAGAAGACGGUGCUCUCGCUCGGCCUCGUGUCCGGCCGCAACAUUUGGAAGACGGACCUGACCGCCGCCCUCGCCACGGCCAAGAAGGCCAUCGAGGCGCUCGGCGAUGCCAAGCGCGUCAUCGUUGCCUCGACGUCGUCGCUGCAGCACACGCCCAUCACCACCGCCAACGAGAAGAAGCUGCCCGCCGACGUGCUCGACUGGUUCUCCUUCGCCACGGAGAAGUGCGCCGAGGUCGCCACGCUCGCCGCCGCCCUCCGCGACGCCUCGUCCGCCUCGUCGAUCCUCGAGGCCAACGAGAAGAGCAUCAAGGCCCGCCGCGACUUCGAAAAGAACUCGAACCCGGCCGUGCGCGAGCGCCUCGCCGCCAUCAAGCCCGAGGACUACAACCGCAAGUCGGACUUCUCGGUGCGCUCCAAGGUGCAGCGCGAGCACCUCAAGCUGCCGCUCUUCCCCACCACCACGAUCGGCUCGUUCCCGCAGACCAAGGAGAUCCGCGCCUACCGCGCGCGCUUCACCAAGGGCGACAUCUCCUCGGAGGAGUACGAGAAGUUCCUCGAGGACGAGAUCCGCGACGUCGUCAAGCGCCAGGAGGCCAUGGGCCUCGACGUGCUCGUGCACGGCGAGCCGGAGCGCAACGACAUGGUCCAGUACUUCGGCGAGCUGCUCGAGGGCUUCGUCUUCACGCAGAACGCCUGGGUGCAGUCGUUCGGCUCGCGCUACGUGCGCCCGCCGGUCAUUGUCUCGGACGUCUCGCGCCCGACGGCCAUGACGGUGCGCUGGUCCAAGUUCGCGCAGAGCCUGACCGAGAAGCCCAUGAAGGGCAUGCUCACGGGCCCCGUCACCAUCCUCAACUGGUCGUUCCCGCGUGCCGAUGUCUCGCGUGAGAUCCAGGCGCGCCAGAUCGGCCUUGCCCUCCGCGACGAGGUCACCGACCUCGAGCAGGCCGGCAUCAGCAGCAUCCAGGUCGACGAGCCGGCGAUCCGCGAGGGUCUGCCGCUGCGCGAGGAGGACCACACGGCGUACCUCAAGUGGGCCGUCGAGUCGUUCCGCCUGGCCACGUCGGGCGUCACCGACGCCUGCAACGUCGUCUCGCACUUCUGCUACUCCGACUUUGCCAACCGCCAGAUCAUGGAGAGCAUCCUCAACCUCGACGCCGACAUGGUCUCGAUUGAGAACAGCAAGGCCGGCGCCAAGAUUCUGCGCACGUUCCGCGACGUCAAGUACUCGCAGGACAUCGGCCCGGGUGUGUUCGACAUCCACUCGCCGCGUGUACCCACGUCCGAGGAGAUGUACGAGCGCAUCGUCGCCUUCACCAAGGUGCUCGACAAGUCGAACAUCUGGGUGAACCCCGACUGCGGCCUCAAGACGCGCACGUGGGACGAGUGCACCAAGCAGUGCGAGGCCAUGGUGCAGGCCGCCAUCAAGGCGCGCAAGGAGCUCGCCUAAGCGUCGUCCAAAACCAGGGAGCACUCAACGUGUCCCGCUCGUGGCUCAACACCACACGUCUCUUGCCGUGCGUAGCGUAGGCCUGCCUUAAAGCUCGCCGCACUGCGCACCCUGUCUCUUGUCCCGUCUUUCUUCUCGCACUAUCCCCCAAGGUCUCAACGCUAUUACUACAUCGUCAUCGUCCGCAUUUCAACAAUCAGCUUCCCUCACACAUCCCUCAUGCCUGCGUCGUGUAUCACUAUGUGUUUCGCCCUGCACGCCCGUGCGCUGGCACGUCAUGUGCCUCGAAUGGAAUCUCGUCUUGGUGCUGCUGC